GCAAAUGAGAUGAGCUCCUCUGAAUUGGUAGGCAAAUUUGGAUACAAUCCGAGUGAGGAUACAAUGGACAGCUCUGCUCAGAAGGCACCUGGUGGUGUGGCAUCAAUGGCCAAAGCCGACUCAGAAUCUAGAACUACUAGAGUGAUCUCCAUUGAAGAGGAUCCUUGGGUAGACUCCGUUGUAGAACCAGAAAAAUAUUUCCCACAGGAAGUCGUGGACCAAAGCUCUUUGCUUAGAGAGCUGAAUGAUGCCAUAGCAGCAGUAAACAAGGUGUCUGAAUCAUCAAACAAUCCACAAAUAGAUAACUUUGGUUUUCAGUUCUUGGGCCAAAUUAAAGAGAAAGGAAAUUCUCAGCAAAGAAAAAUGCAGGAAAAAAUAACUCCAUAUGAUGCUAGCUCCAGAAACCGCGAUCCACAGAAGAGAAGUGCUGAGGCUCUUUCUGGUCGAGCUUCAUGGCAAAGAGAUGCUCUACUUCAAGAAAGACUAACUUGUGCUCCGGAGGUGAAGAAUGUAAACAUCUCUGAGCCAAGAAGGGAAGUCAAAACUCUAGAGUCAAAGCAGAGAGGAUGUAUUCUUGUUCCUGAAGUGCAGUCUUCUGUUUAUAAAGAGUUAACAAGUCCAGCCGGUGACUAUAAAGAAGACUCGAUGCAAGGAAAGACUCUCAUUUUAGAACAGGCAAUCCAACUUCACGAGCAAGUUUUAAAGUGCAGUGGUAUCAGCCGGACUCAAUGGCCACCUGCAGAUUCUGAGCCGAGAGUGGUAAAGCAAUCUCCAGAAAUUAAAACAUCAGAGAAAAAGAUACCUGAGACUCAACACCCAUCAGUGGAAGAUACGCCGCCUGCUCAUUCCUCACCCAGAAUAUUCUUACCCAAGUUGGAUGAAGGAUGUGAGCCAGAGAUCUCCGUUUUCCAAAACCACCAGUUAGAGAAUAUGCUCCAACCAGAGAUGCAAACACAAACCACGGAGGGUCCAGAAGUAACAUUAUCAGAAGACAAAAGAGAAGGAUGCAUGGAUUUGCCAGGGUGUAGGAAGAACCAAGAGGUCAGGGUAGAAAUGGAUGAGGAAACAAAUGUCAAAGCAGAAGCUGCAGACUAUCCAGUGGAUGUGGAUGCAAAAGCAACUUCUAAAGACACCACAGCUGUUUUCUUUUGUCCAGACCACAUGUAUAAUGUGCUCUUUGUUGGAGACUCUAAUGUUGGCAAAACGUCUUUUUUGCACCGACUGCAAGAUGAUUCCUUCGAUGCAAAUAUGACUGCGACUGUAGGAAUGGACUAUCGGAUCAAAAACCUCUUUGUGGAUAACAAGUCCUUUGCUUUACGCCUGUGGGACACAGCCGGCCAAGAAAGAUACCACAGUAUCACCAAGCAAUUCUUCCGGAAGGCUGAUGGAGUUGUAUUGAUGUAUGACAUCACCUCAGAACAUAGCUUUGCAGAGGUGCGGUACUGGAUGAAUUGUAUCCAGGAAGGAGCAGAAGAUGGAGUUGUCAUCCUUCUGCUUGGUAACAAAACAGACUGUGCUGCAGAAAGAAGAGUCUCUUCAGAGGACGGUGCAUACUUGGCUAAGGUCUACCCUUAAGCUUUCCUCUUAUCUUUGUAAUUCCUUCUCCCCUGAGUUUGGCAAACCAAAACAAAGUCAGAAUAAAUUAAAAGUAAUAUAAUGUAGUGCUGCUUUUGAGGUUGAUUGAUUUAGGCCAGAGGCAUAGGAAAAAAUCAAAUACACAUAUAUGACUCAUGUGUUCACCUAUGGCUUGGAAGUGACCACAAAAUCAUAAUGCUCUCUUCUUCUGAUUGCUUUUUUUGCUUCUCCUAACUAAAUCCAAUUGUGCUUAACAACAUCAGGAUGUAGGAAGAGCCCUGCGGGAUCAGGCCCCAAGCCCAUUUAGUCCAGCUUCCUCUUUCCAACAUUGGUCAACCAGGCGCCUGUAGGAAACCUACAAGGAUAUUAGCUUAGUAGAACUGUGCAGCUUGUGAUCCUCACCAACUUAGUUGCAAGGAUCAUAUGGAUUCUUGAUUACCAGUCGCAGCUGACAAAAACAACAUUUUGAGGGCAAAAACCACCACACAGUUAAGAAACAAACUAACAUGCAUGGAUUUUUACUGGGUGGGUGGAGUUGCCAUUAAGAUGGUGGUCAGGAGUCUUGGGACCUCAUCAAGAGAUUGAUUCUCUGGUGUAGGUGAACACGUGGGGUUUGCAGGGCUCAUUCCGUGUUUUUCUCCAUAGGCAAUGGCAUGGGUGGGACAGAGACAGGCUGCCUUUUAUAUCUUUGUUAGGGACGCAGGUGGCUCUGUGGUCUAAACCACUGAGCCUCUUGGGCUUGCUGAUCAGAAGGUCGGUGGUUCGAAUCUGCUCAAUGGUGUGAGCUCCCCUUGCUUUGUCCCGGCUUCUGUCAACCUAGCAGUUCUAAAGCAUACCAGUGCAAGUAGAUAAAUAGGUACCGCUGCAGCGGGAAGGUAAAUGGCAUUUCCGUGUGCUCUGGUACUCAUCAGGGUGUCCCGUUGCACCAGAAGAGGUUUAGUCAUGACCCAGAAAGCUGUCUGACAAACGCCGGUUCCCUCGGCCUAAAAGCAAGUUGAGUGCCACACCCCAUAGUUGCCUUGGACUUAACUGACCACAGGUCCUUUACCUUUACCUUAUAUCUUUUAAACCAUGCACCUUUGUCUGAGUCUUGACUCUUUUAUGAAGAGGUAGGAUAACUUUGAUGGAGAAGUUGAUUGGACUAGUAUUUUGCAU